GGCGCGCGGCCAGUAGUGUGGCGCAGCCAUGUCGGGCCCGGCGCGUGCGCGCCUCCUUGCGAUCCAGCUCGUGCCCGCUACCCUUCUGCUCCUCUUCUGGAUUCCUUCACCUGUUUCUGCUGUAAUAUGCAACCAGACAGCAUGUGAUUGUACUGGUUUUAAAGGAGACCGCGGAGAUCAAGGUUAUCGAGGUAUACCAGGACCUCAAGGUGACUAUGGAGACGAUGGCCCUGAAGGUCGUAUCGGACCACCGGGAGAACCGGGUGAAUGGGGGCAGCAAGGAGACUACGGUGAUAAAGGAGAACGGGGUAUUGAUGGACCUUAUGGAGUUAGAGGAUAUACUGGACCUCAGGGUCAAAUCGGAUUAGAAGGUAUACGGGGCUUAGCGGGAUUAGAUGGAUGUAGCGGUGUAGAUGGUGAAAUUGGAUCUCCUGGACCGCAAGGUUACCCAGGGGAGAGAGGGUUGCCUGGUCCAUAUGGAGAAAAAGGUUUACAAGGCUUAGCCGGAGAAGGGGGAGUAAAUUCAAGAGGUGCUAAGGGAGACCAAGGUGAUUUCGGACGACAUGGACUUAUUGGUCCUCCAGGGCCAACUGGAUGGAGAGGGGAUAGUGGCCCUCCAGGGAAAGAAGGUGAUCAGGGAUCCAUGGGUUUUCGAGGAGAAGUAGGAUAUAGAGGGGAUACUGGUGAUGACGUUGUAGGCCCACCAGGAGAAAAAGGAGAUCAAGGAGAAAUCGGUGAACCUGGAAGACCAACAGAAGUAGUUUAUAUCGACCACGUUCAACAAAACUUUACUAUCUUAGCAAAAGGAAAUAAAGGUGAUAAAGGAUAUCGAGGUGCACAGGGUGUUAAGGGACUGAAAGGAGAACUAGGUUCAACGGGUGCUCCAGGACGUUAUGGAACCAAUGGACCUCAAGGCUACAAAGGUGAUCAAGGUGAUGAGGGUAAUAGGGGUAAGACUGGUUAUCGUGGUAAAGCAGGACCCCUUGGACCUAAAGGAGAUAAAGGUUGGCCCGGAUACGAUGGACCAAAUGGAGAAGAUGGUCUUCCUGGGCCAGUUGGAGAAGAUGGUAAACCUGGAAUACCCGGGGAACAAGGGCCAAUGGGAGAAGCAGGAAUUUACGAUGAAAGAUUAAACGAACCACUUUUACCUGGCUCAAUGGGACCGCAAGGACCAAUUGGAUUUAGUGGUCCUCCAGGACUUAGAGGUGCUGAUGGUCUUCCAGGGUUACCUGGUAUAAUGGGUCCAUCGGGCUUACCUGGAGUAAAAGGACUUCCUGGUAGAGUAGGGCCACCAGGCGCCUCUGUUAAAGGAGAACCCGGAGACGAUGGUUUCAAAGGUUUGCCUGGACCUAUGGGCCCAAUGGGUAAGCCCGGUCUUCCCGGUGUUCUGGGCCCUAAGGGUUUUAAGGGAGCUACUGUAGUAGGUCCAGAUGGAGACGAAGGUAUUCCAGGAGUAGAUGGAUUGCCAGGUUUAAGAGGUGAUAGAGGAGAAGUAGGCUCUUUGGGACCACCAGGUUAUCCUGGGCGUGGUGUAACCGGUGUUGGUCCGCCAGGAGAUGACGGGCCAAUAGGUCGUCCAGGAAUUGUCGGUGAUCCGGGAGAACCUGGAAGACCCGGAUUUCUUGGAUAUAAAGGAGAACGGGGAGAUGAUUGUCCUUACUGCCCGUCAGGUCUACCGGGAUCCAAGGGACAAAGAGGAGACGAUGGUUUUCCCGGCCAAAAGGGUUACCCAGGAUUUGAAGGUUUACCUGGUCCCCGCGGACAAAAGGGAGAAUCAGGUUCCCCUGGUUUACAUGGACCACCAGGUCCGAAGGGUAAUAAAGGUCAAUCGGGAAUGGCCGGGGCACAAGGACCGAAGGGACGGAAAGGUCGGCUUAUACAGCCACCGCUCUCGUUAACUAAAGCAGAACCUGGACCACGCGGAGAACCAGGUUUUGCUGGAAGUCCUGGUUUCCGUGGUGACCCAGGUUGGCCUGGACCACCUGGACCUCAUGGCUUCAAAGGUCUUAAAGGAUUAAUGGGUGAUGAGGGUUUCGCUGGUUCACCUGGUCGUAAUGGAUCUAAAGGCAGCGAUGGGUUACCUGGAUGGGAUGGAACUAAUGCUAAUGUACCAAUCGCUUUUCUUUUUGGUGAUAAGGGAGAUAGAGGCAUAAAAGGAGAACGGGGUGAACCUGGAGAAGAUGGUUUGAAAGGUGAUGCUGGAGAGGCACUUGGUUUUGAAAUCAAUUCAAAGGGUCAAAAAGGAGUAACCGGACCACCUGGGAUACAAGGUUAUCCUGGAAGAAAAGGAGAACCUGGAGAUGUUGGAUACGGUGGAUUUCAGGGUCGGAGAGGUGACAUGGGAAUCCCUGGUAUUUCUCAACAAGGACCUAUAGGUGCUAGAGGAUUUCCUGGUGAUAAAGGUGACAUUGGUCCCUAUGGAGAACCAGGUACUUUAGGACAACGAGGACCAACUGGAUUCCCUGCAGAAAAGGGAAAGAAAGGGUCACGUGGUGAUGUCGGUUAUUCUAUUAUAUAUGGUGAAAGAGGUAUUGACGGAAUAAAGGGGGAUAUGGGAGAUGAAGGUCAGGCUGGAUACCCAGGGUCACCUGGCCGAGCUGGAGUAAUGGGACCUAAAGGAGAAACAGGAAUUCCUGGAGACACUGGUCCACAAGGCCCACUAGGACCACCUGGUCGAAAGGGUCAACCAGGAAUAGCUGUACAAGGAGCUCGUGGGCUGCCAGGCAUGCCUGGAAGACCUGGAUUUAUUGGCAUUAUCGGUCAACCAGGAUUACAAGGAAACUAUGGCUUACAAGGUGAUGUUGGGCAAAAAGGAACGAAAGGAGAAGCGGGCCUGAUUGGAGUUAGGGGGUGGACUGGCGAACAAGGUUUUCCAGGAAUCGUCGGAUUUCAAGGAUUUAUGGGACGUCCUGGCAAUAAUGGCAAGACUGGGGAACGUGGUGUAUCAGGCAUACCAGGAAAUCGAGGUUUUCCAGGAAAGCCAGGACUACGAGGAUUACAGGGAAAUAAAGGAAUACACGGCGAUGAAGGUAUUCCCGGUGAAGAUGGCUUAGAUGGAUGGCCAGGUGUAAAAGGACAGAUGGGAGAUAUGGGUUUUUUUGGUCUUCAAGGUAUGCGUGGAGAAAAUGCUAGUAAAGGUAUGAAAGGGGAUAUUGGAAACCCAGGUUACAGAGGAAUCGAUGGAAGACCAGGAAUUUAUGGGAAAAAAGGUAUAAAGGGUGAUAGGGGAAGCCGUGGAUUGGAUAUAAGGGGACGUGAUGGCCUUAAAGGCCUUCCAGGUAACCCAGGAAUACCGGGUCGACAAGGGUUAAAAGGAAUGAAAGGACAAAUUGGAGAUUACGGCGAAGAUGGUACUAAAGGUCCGAUGGGAGAUAAAGGUUAUGAAGGCCGUUCUGGUCAACCUGGAUUACCAGGCUACAAUGGACCUAAAGGCAUAUCAGGAGAUAUAGGUAUUACUGGAAGACGUGGACUGAAAGGCGAUUAUGGCGAUAGUGGUGAACCUGGCCAGAUAGGUGUACCUGGUUUGCCUGGCGAUGUCGGUUUACCUGGACUGGAAGGUAUUAGAGGUGACAUGGGUGCUAAAGGAGAACGUGGUGACAUUGGUCCAAGCAGUUAUUCACCAGCAACUAAAGGUGAUAUGGGUGAUAUGGGUAUGGAAGGACUAGAAGGUGCACGUGGAGAUAGGGGAGAUGUAGGAUUCACUGGAAUUAAAGGUAUUAAAGGAGAACAAGGUGAUAUAGGAUUUCAAGGAGAGUUUGGCGAUGAUGGACUUCCGGGUCUUAAAGGUCUUCAAGGUGAUGUUGGCCCUCCUGGCUUACCUGGUCUUGAUGGAAUUAAUGCAGUUCAGGGUGAGAAAGGCAAAGAUGGAAUAGAUGGUCUUCCUGGUUGGCCGGGUUCUAUGGGACAAAAAGGUGCUCCGGGUGAAUAUGGUGUUGAUGGUCCGGAAGGGGCACCUGGGCAACCUGGAUUGAGUUUCCAAGGACCAAAAGGUGUAAAGGGAGAUGAUGGUUACCCUGGAAGACAAGGAAAUAUGGGCAUACCUGGUGCUCGUGGUAUGGAAGGAAAUCCUGGUCUUAUGGGACGUAAGGGUGAAAUUGGUGAACCUGGUUUUUCUAUUAGUCCUAAAGGUGAAAGAGGUGACUAUGGUAUGCCUGGAUUUUAUGGUCUUAAAGGUAUGCGAGGAGAUAAUGGUGAUUCCGGCUUGAAUGGAUAUCGUGGAUAUAUUGGAGAAUUAGGCAUGAAAGGUCUAAGAGGUGAUGAGGGUGAAGACGGGUUACAAGGGUAUCUGGGUCUUAAAGGUAUUAAAGGUGAAAGAGGCGAUAUUGUACUCCCUCACGAAGUAAGCCCUGGAGAACGAGGUGAUGUAGGACUAGCAGGCUUUGAUGGCCGCGACGGACUUCCCGGAGCACCUGGUACCUUUGGACAAAAUGGAAUCCCAGGUAACAAGGGUGAAAUUGGUGAUGUCGGUGACAUAGGACCUUCUGGCUAUCCUGGACCUCAAGGAGAACAGGGACUUAUAGGUCGAAGAGGAGAAAUCGGUUUUGAUGGAUCACGUGGAGCACCGGGAGCUCCCGGAGCACCAGCUCCGCCACCACCAAUACCAAAAUCGAGGGGUUUUUACUUUGCAGUACAUUCACAAACAAGAAUGAUACCUCAAUGUCCUUCUGGGACAUCACCUAUGUGGGAUGGAUUCUCGUUGAUACACAUAGUCGCUAACGCUAAGGCGCAUGGCCAAGAUUUAGGUGCUCCUGGUAGUUGCUUGCGAAGAUUUUCUACAAUGCCUUUCAUGUUUUGUAAUAUUAACAACGUAUGUGAUUUCGCCCAACGAGAAGAUUACAGUUUUUGGCUGUCAACACCAGAACCUAUGCCAAUGGCAAUGACACCAAUUCAAGCCAGAGAUGUAGGUUCUUAUAUUUCAAGAUGUCAAGUAUGUGAAUCAUCUACAAGAACCAUAGCUUUGCAUAGUCAAAGUAACGCGGUGCCAACUUGUCCAAGCGGCUGGGAAGAAUUAUGGAUAGGAUACAGUUUCCUUAUGCACACAGCUGGAGCAGAUGCAGCGGGACAGAGUUUAAUAUCACCUGGUUCAUGUCUUCGCGAAUUUAGAACUCGACCAUUUAUUGAAUGCAACGGACUCGGCCGAUGCAAUUACUUUGCUACGGCGGUAUCAUACUGGUUGUCGACCAUAGACGACAACAGAAUGUUCCUAAAACCAGAACAACAAACUUUAAAGGCAGACCAAGUUUCUAAAGUCAGCCGAUGUGCAGUAUGUAUGAGACGACAACCGGGGCCGACGAUGAAUACAGUAUACCGUGGCGGCGCCGGCGCAGUGGAAGCUGUCCCGAACGAGGCGCGUCGCCGACCGUUAUAUCGCGGCCGCCAUCGCACAGGUGGCCCACGUUAUAUCCGCGGCAGAGCUCGUUUUUAAAUAGGCUAUUUCUCAUGAAUUUUACAGUAUAAAAUAGAAACUUACAUAGCAUAGGUGUCUCUAAGACAUAUGCGAGUAAUUAGUCAAUAAAAUAUGAAGGUAUUUAUGCUUAUGGUCCCACUACCUUACUUACAAGUAAAAAUGAACGAAAAGUCAUAACACUGUCGAGACGCAUUUAAAUAAAUUUAAUUUAAUUUUAAUAAAUUUUUGUAAUAACGUAAAACCUACAUCAUAUACACAAAGGUUUUCACUUAAUAUUUCGAAUAAGAACAUUGAAAUCAGUUCAUCAAAAGGCAUAACGUAAAAACAUAAACUCAAAAUAGUAGAUAAGUGAAAUGUAUGUACCUAAGGCAGUGUUUGCAUUAGCAGACAUUUGCAGUGAGCCCGUAUCUGUUUUGAAUUACAGUAAUCAUAAAUAAUUCACUAUAUUAUUUAGUAUUUUAUGUCAAUAAAUAACGAAUAAAGGAGCUGUAAAAUUGAAACACGAAAUAUCUCUCAUAAAAACCUUAUUUUUAUACUCUCCCGUCAUCACUCGGGGUUGUUUCUUGUACUAGAAAAACGCAUACUCUUCUAAUAUAAACACUGCUUUUUCUCUAAGUCAAUAGAAAUAUUGUUCAAGAAUAUUUUUAAUAAUACCCAUACAUGUUUGUAAAUAAAUUACACUAUGUAGACAAUCUAUUUUAAUGUUAAUAUAAAAUUUAAAUUAAUAAAAUAAUGUGCUAUUUUA